AUGCGCCCGCAGGGGGCGGCGCAGCUGCUGGCGCUGCUGCUGGUGCGGAUCGAAAUCGCCGAGCAGGCCUUUCGGGACAAGGACCUGCUGCUUCCAGGUUUUCAGAACUCGUCGAUGCUCUCAUGGCCUUGUGGCCAACGGGCCAUCCCAACACGCAUAGUGGGUGGAAAGGAUUCAGCGCUCGGGCACUGGCCUUGGCAGGGCAGCCUGCGUCUGUGGGGCUCCCACUUCUGCGGAGCGAGCCUGCUCAACCGCCGCUGGGUGCUCUCCGCCGCGCACUGCUUUGAAAACAACCAAAAUCCCUUUCACUGGUCGGUCCAGUUUGGGGAGCUGUCUGCCACACCAUCCAUUUGGAACUUGCAAGCCUACUACAACCGUUACAAUGUGGAUCAGAUUUUCUUGAGCCCCUUCUAUCUGGGAGCUCCGGUGUAUGACAUCGCCCUGGUGAAGCUGUCCUCCUCGGUCACCUACACUAAGUACAUCCAGCCCAUCUGUGUCGUGGCCUCCAUCUCCGAGUUUGAGAACAGAAGUGACUGCUGGGUGACCGGCUGGGGAGACGUUGAAGAAGAGCUGAGUCUGCCAUAUCCCUACACCCUCCAGGAAGUGCAGGUCGGGAUCAUAAACUCCACCAUGUGUAAUCACCUGUUCUCAAUGCCUGAUUUCCGCACUGACAUCUGGGGAGACAUGAUUUGCGCUGGCGACCCUCAAGGCGGCAAGGAUUCCUGCUUUGGUGACUCAGGUGGGCCCUUGGUCUGUGAAAAGAAAGGGCUGUGGUAUCAAGUUGGAGUCGUGAGCUGGGGAGUGGGCUGCGGUAGGCCCAACCGGCCGGGUGUCUACACCAAUGUCAGUGCGCACUACAAGUGGAUCCGAGAGGUUUUGGCCAAAAACAACACUUGCAGGCUGGACCCCUGCCUCCUGCUGCUGCUCCUUCCUCUGUUCUGGGCUCUCCCAUUCCUACGGCUGGCCUGA